AUGGAUCAAUAUGACCACGAGUUGGAUCCGUUCUCCAGCGAGAGCCUCUGGAGGCUUUCGAAGUUCAGCAUAGAAGCUCUGCAACCAUUGGAGUCUCUACCGUGGAACACUUCAUUGUCCGGCAAGUGUGAUCCCAUAUCUCGCUUCGAAAUCCCAAAUGAGCCCUUAGACAAAGUUGACCCAGUAUGGAAGUUGGAACUAUUUCCCAGUGGGCUGGAGCCACCCGAGUCAGCUGCCGACUCAAGCAUCGACCCGUCUAUAGAUGGCUUGUCUGAUGCCUCUGGCGACUGCUUGAAGGACAUACCCCAAGAAGAAAACGAUAUCUGGUCCUCGGCACUGUUUCAAGAAGACAAUGAUCAACCAAUACCGCAAAAAUCAUGGGAGAAGUACCACGACCGGCCAUUUCAAGAACCCAUGUCUGCCUAUGUUAGCGAAUCUGGCGCCCAAGGAUUUGACGCGGUACUGGCGCAUCAACGGGCCAUAACAGGGAAGACGUCUCCUCGAAUGGUUCGAACAGAUGUUUUCCUGCGAUCACUGCUCCGUCUGGGACUUGGCUGGAGCUCGGCGUUCUUUCGUUGGAACACAACCAGCAAUCAAUUCGACAGAGCUAUUGAGGACUUCCGAAUUUCCGGUAUCAGCUCGCCGGCGUUGGAAAACAUCAUUGGAUAUGUGCUUCACAUCGGUACCAAUGUGCAGCGCAUGCGGUCAUUUGCACAACAUCCGCCCUCCAAGUGCAGAGAAUUGCCCGCUCUUUACACAUUGAGAAGUACAACCGCAGCCAUUAUCUUCAUCCUUGAGCAGCAAAUAUCUGAUCAUUCAAAAAACAUUGACUCGCUCCUCCAAAUCCGAGCCUUAUUCCAUCGCUGCGGUGACUUGAUAGGCGCGCUUGCUGCCAUUGUUGGCGCAGCGCAAAUAGCUGUGUCUGAUGCACAAGUUAUAUCGACAGUCAUGGAACGCUCAGUUUCUUUUACGCAGAGAUUUGGUUGGAUGGAAAAACUAUUGCAUGAGGUUGUGAUUCGAGUAACUCAACCUUGGUUCAGAUUUAUCGAGAACUGGGUUGGACUUCGAUCGGAAGAGACGGCCCUGAAGCAAGAAUUAGCUAGCGGCAAGUCAUUCGUUCGCUUGGAGGUUGACGAACCGGGCAAGUUCAAGACUGGACCGGCACGAGUCGACCAUAUGUACCAAGCUCAACACAUGCCAUCUUUCAUCCCUGUCGACCAAUCCCGCUCUAUGUUUGAAAGUGGCUGCAGUCUUCAAUUGUUGAAACAAUCCCAUCCAGAUCACCCCAUUGCGCGACGCGAUGUACUUUCUAGAACGGGUGGCCUUCAGCUGCAUUUUGCCACCUCCUGGGCUGAUAUCGAGCAAAUUCAAACAAGAGCCAAAGAGUAUGAACUAAGCCUGCGAGCCGAAAUCGAGAGAUACCAUCGUGGAGAUUCCACUGAGGAACAUUCUUCAAACGAGAGCACUGCUCAUACGGUCGACAUCGGGUCAACCUUUGAGCUUUUUGAUAUCGACGGUGAAAGCUCUGCCCAAGGACCAGCCACGAGCAAUGCCACUCUCUCAAAGGAUGUAUUUCACCAACUGAUAGCGAAAGCACGCCGAAUCGAACCAGAGCCCAUUGGUCAAACAAGUAUGCUCGGCCCUGAAUUGGCAUCUGGUCUUCAUCUGUCCAUUGCGCCAAUUCUUGCAACGCAAGCGCUUCUCAUUGAUUACUCCUGUCUCCAUCACCUUUUCAAAGAACACAACCUACGCCAGCAUUUGAGUAUUCAAUGGCGAUUUCAGCUACUGGGAGAGGGGUCGUUUGUAUCCCGUCUCUCCAACUCCCUGUUCGACCCAGAAAUGGAAAGCGGAGAGCGAAGGGCCGGAAAGGUACGCAGUGGCAUUGACACCGGACUACGGCUUGGGAGUCGCGAUACCUGGCCUCCCGCUAGUUCGGAACUGCGCUUGGUUCUUAUCGGUCUAUUGGGUGAUUGCUACUUUGGCAACAAAGAUGCAGAUGACUCCGAAAAAGCACACAUUCGAAGGGAUAAUGAACUUCCCGGAGGUCUCAGCUUUGGGAUUCGAGAAUUGUCUGACGAGGAAAUCGAUCGAUGCCGAAAUCCGAAUGCAAUAGAGGCACUGGACUUCCUUCGCCUGCAUUACACGCCACCUAGGGUUCUAGAGUCCAUCAUCACCGCCCGCUCUCUCAACAAGUACGAUCAGCUGUUCAAACACUUGCUCCGACUCUUGCGAAUGGUUUCCGCUGUCAAAGGCAUCGUCCGCGAUUCUACAUCACGAGGAUCUCUGUCGGGAGACACGCGAAAUGUCUCCCAAAAGUUCCGAGUGGAUGCGCAGCACUUCGUCCUUGCAUUCAGUGAUUAUUGUUUCCAUAUCGGAAUUGGGUCAAUAUGGCAGCGCUUUCAAGAUACGCUAGCCAAGAUUGAACGCUGCAUCAACCGAGGCGACAUUGACGGCACUAUCGAAGCGGCCCACUCCGUACCUCGACUCCGCGAUUACCAUGAAGACAUCCUCGAUCAAAUGUUGUUUGCGUUUUUCCUCAGUAAACGCCACGCACAGGCUGCCAAGUUACUCGAGUCCAUCUUCGGAGCUAUCUUGGCGUUUGGUCCUCUGUCAAGUGCAGAUGGAAAGGGAUUCCGUUGCGAAAGCGAAGAAGCUGUUCUUCACUUGUACCAACAAUUCAGGAAGCAGACCUCCGCUUUUGUUGGAUACUUGCGCGGCAUGGAGACCGGAAAGGCUACAUCCAAAUCAAUGGCUAAAUCUGGGACAUUCUUUCUAUCGCGCACGGAUCCCACCAGCGUGUUUGAGCACCUACGCGUCAGGUUAGAUAUGAGGGAGUACUACUGA